AAUAAUCCCAUCCUUUCUCUACUCUACAACAAAUGAAUUCAUAAUUCAUGGUGGUAAUAAAACUUGAAGUUUUAAUGGGUGGUUAAAAUCUGAUUUUUGUGCGGUUCCCACGUAAUGACGAUUUAAAUAUGCUGGUAUAUCCAGGAUGGACCCAAAUGGCAAUGGAAAGCGAGGUUUGCCCAAGCUUCGGGAAAUUAUCCAACGUCAGUGGCACAAUUCCGAUGGGGACGGUGCAGACUCUCCAGACCUGGAAUUCAUCUACAAUGAUACCGAUAGUCACAUUAACGAAAUCGCAGAACUGUAUAGCUAUACGGAACAGCCAGAACUGCAACUUAAUGUCAAAGCGUUUGAAGACCAAAUGGAAACGUUCAGUUUACCACCCAGUUGGCAGAAACUGUCUUCUGAAAAGAGAAAGUCGGUAGUUUUGAAAUUGCUUGAUCAACUAGAAGUUACCAGCAAACCAUUGAGAAUGCGGAGUGCUAGAUGUUUACUCUACAUCUCACAAGGGUGUUGGGCUGAAGUGCAGUCAGAUGCAGAACAACAGGAAUGGGCCAAGUGUAAUUCAAUGUUGCUUUAUCGACUAGGUGUGUUCACGGCCUUCACCGAUCUCCUGAAUAUCGAAUUUGAAAACAGCACGGCAGCACAUGUAGCGAUGAGAAAAAUUGCAAUUUCCUUGGCUGAUUCCCAGGAUUUGCGAGUUAUUCUAUCUGUUUUGUAUACAAUAACAGAAGUGAUAAGAAAUGAGAAGGAUUCUAAUUCAACUGAAUAUCGGGAGGAAGUUGAUUCUUUUUGCAAAGAAAUAGCAUACUCUUCCACAGAUGAUUUACUAGUUGUGAAACUCCUAAGUAUGGUAACAAGAUUCUGUAGUGGAUCAGCUCCACAUUUUCCCAUGAAGAAAGUUUUAUUGCUACUAUGGAAACUCAUACUGGUUUCUUUAGGGGGCAUGGCAACUCUAAAGGAAUUGAAAAUUGAAAAAAGAACCAAGGCUGAACUAUCACCCCAAGUUGAAGACACAAUGGAGAUCGCAAAAACAAUGAGGUCUUCAUCACCACCUGCUAGCGCAUCCGAUCUUCUUGAAGCCCAAAAUCAGAAGAGAAAUGCCAAGCCAUUCAGAAGGAGCCUGAUGAAGCAGAGUAGUUUAGAUGAUCAAGAUUCAAUGGGAAUUGAACUCGACUCUACCAUAACUGGAGAAAAUAAUGACGAAGAACUUUCUGAGUAUGAUGAGCGUAGACCUGCGAAUGAACCCAAUGACCAGAUUUACCGAAACAAUGUAGAUACUUAUAGGCCUAUAUCACCACCUACCCCAAAUGCUCUGAUUAUUCCCAGAGGAUUACCUUGGAAACCCAAGGUGCGUCAGAAAGACAUCGACAUAUUCUUAGAUAAUGCUAGACUCAAGUUUUUGGGUUAUAGUCUUCCUGGCGAUAGAACCACUUUGUUUGGUUUGCCUGAACCUAUUCAUGAAGGAGUGAAGACUCUUAAGGAGCAUAUUUACACUUCUCUGUCGGAACUCCAAAUUCAAAAGGAGGAGGAGAUAGCUCGAAAUCCAAUUUCUAUAAGUGAAGGUGAAAUCGAAAUGACUCCAUCGGAAAUACUCUACCAAGCAAUGCUGCCAAACCUGCCACAAUAUAUGAUUGCUUUAUUGAAGAUUUUGUUAGCUGCCGCACCCACCUCAAAAGCCAAAACAGAUUCAAUAAACAUCAUGGCAGAUGUUUUACCGGAAGAAAUGCCUAUGACCGUUUUGCAGUCUAUGAAACUUGGUAUCGAUGUCAACAGACACAAGGAAAUUAUAGUGAAGGCUGUCAGUGCUAUUUUAUUGUUGUUGUUGAAACAUUUCAAGUUGAAUCACAUCUACCAGUUCGAGUUCAUGUCGCAGCACUUGGUAUUCGCCAACUGUAUACCGCUUGUUUUGAAAUUUUUCAAUCAGAAUAUUAUGGCCUACGUUGGAGCUAAAAACGCUAUUCCAAUUCUGGAUUUCCCUUCUUGUGUUAUUGGCGAUCAGCCAGAACUCACAUCAGAAAGCCUUGAAAUCGGAGAUUCCACCACGUUCUCUUGGAGAAACAUGUUCUCUUGUAUAAAUUUACUCAGGAUAUUGAAUAAGUUGACUAAGUGGAAGCAUUCUCGAAUUAUGAUGCUUGUCGUAUUCAAGUCUGCCCCAAUCUUGAAACGUACACUGAAAGUCAGACACGCCAUGACUCAACUGUAUGUAUUGAAGCUUCUCAAAAUGCAGACCAAAUAUUUGGGAAGGCAAUGGAGAAAAUCCAAUAUGAAGACAAUAAGCGCCAUCUACCAAAAAGUCAGGCAUCGCCUCAACGAUGACUGGGCCUUUGGAAAUGAUUUAGAUGCCAGGCCUUGGGAUUUCCAAGCAGAAGAGUGUGCUCUUAGGGCGUCUGUGGAUAGAUUCAAUAACCGUAGAUAUACUCAAGUGAAUGAUAGUGAUUUUGAACCAGUAGACAAUUGUCUGAAUAGUGUCCUAGGAACCAGCCAUGACCUUUCUGAAAGCUUUAAAAAACACUACCAUCUAUGGUUGGAGCAGGAAGUGUUUGGUGUCCCAAUAGAAUGGGACAACUUAUUAGAAAAUGUUAAUUGAACAUACUCAGAAGUGAUUUUUGCAAUAAAAUACCCCAACUUGUACAUGCAAUAAACAAAUUAGGAUGUAUUAAUAUGUAGAUAUAUACGUAACGGCGGUAUUUUAUUGCAUAAAUCGUUUAGCAAUUAUAUUUAUACUGAAAAUGAAACAUAUUAAGCUAGUUUUCAAAUGCACCUUGUUUCAUGACCUUUUUUGCAUAUAGAGUGAAAUGCUAAGUUUAUUUGAUUGCAUCCAGACUCUUGGGCAAGUAUACAUUAUACUUUUUAAUUGAGGAAAACAAACUUUCAUAAAACGGCAAGAAGUUUCUAACACGAAAUAUUGCCAGACGCAAAAUAUUUUGUAUAAUUGCAGCACUGAAUAACUUUCAGUCAGUCCAAACGGGGAUUUCGCUCUUUUAGGUGGGUCUGGAGACAUCGUUAUCUUCAGUCUUCUAAACGAACAAUGUUCUAGAUUAACAAGAACUGAAACAAUAAUAAUGUUAUUGACAAUAUUUAAAUUUAUUAGAGUUUGUUUUCCAUAUAUUUUUUAAGGUUUUUUAUUCAAAUAAAUUUCACUAGGGGCCUAUAAUAAUCGGAAAGCGUUAGAUCUGUACUCAUACAUUUUUUGCUAUGGAAAUUUUUAAGUGUCUAUACUCUUGCAUUAUAACAGAACUACCUCAGAUGAAAGUAUUCACUUUUCUAAAGUUUUGUAAGAGGUAUAGUACAAGAGAAACCAGAUGUUUUCUGUUUGUGAAUUUUUAUGACAUAUUUUUACACUUCAGGGGUGAAGAACUAUUUUAGGUGAUCAUUUGGAGGGUGAUCCAUAAAAUGUUUUCUCUAUUGUAUUAUGCUAAAUGCCAUUUUGGAUUGUCAACAACUGAAGUGUCGUAAUUUGAUGAUAUACUUUAUGUGUUCUCAUACUCAUAUUAUUAUUAUUGGUAGGUAGUUCAGUAGCAGGUGUUGAGUUGCUGUGGGACAAUUAACUUUCGGCAUAGGCAUAGAGAAGUAAUUUCCCGUCUUGGUUUUUGAUUCUUCUCCAUUGAGUUUGCUCAUUCGCCUUUGGUAUUCUUGAAACGGACCGUAUUCUUUAGGUAUUCUCAUUGAUGCAAAAUAAUUGCAAUCAAUUGGUUCAGGAUGUCUAGCCAAUGGAAGUGACUUGGUACACCGAUAGGCCAAUAAGGUAGGACUAUCAUUUGCAGAGAAAUUAGGUGGAGACGGAUGAUAUCCAAAUCUAAGUGAUGAUUCAGCAUGACAUCUCGUAAUGAAAUGUGCAUUACAUUGACAUAAAGGUCUGUACAGGCCUCUCGAAGCUGAAUCUUAUGCAAUUCCACACAUGAAAUGGUCUGUACUCUGGUCUCAGUUCCUGUUUAUUAUCAAUAUCCAAUUGAUUUUCUAAAACUAGUGGAACUUUCGAAAUCCUCGGUUUUCUGCUCUGUUAGUGUAACUCCUGCACAUGAUGACGUCUACGAAGUUUUUCACCCCGUUUCUUAAGGAGGAAAUAUUUUCUGAUGAAAUAAUGGUUUUUUUUAAUUGAGCUGAAAAACUACUUUAUACUCGGUUAUUGCCUGUAGAUAUGUAAAUUAUUUUUUGCAAUAUACUUUUUAAACCUU